GUGUUGGGCGCUCGCACUCGCCGUCGCUGUCGGCAGUCUUGCAGCUCCACCGCAAAUGCUGCCGCUGCGUUCCAGCGUUCGCCAAACCUUUUACCAAACCCAACAGCGACCAAUCCACUCCCCGUCUCCACCUCCACCAGCCCUCCACCACCGCCCCCUCGCGCACGCGGCCACCUCCCCGAUGCGCGCCGCCGAGCCCGCUGCGCUGCCGCUGCCGCUGCCCCCGCCGCCAUCCGAUCCGAGGUAGCCAUGUACCCGCCGUUGCGCCCGUACGCGGCGACGACGGUCACCGCCAACUGCACGGAUACCCCGCUCGACUGCAUCCGGCCCUGCCCCGGCGGCGUCGAGGACUGCUCCCAGUACGCGCUGCCCCCGCCGCCCCCGAUCCCGGUGAUCCCGCGCGCCCCGGACGCCGACCGCCACGCGCCCGUGCGCCUCCUCCUCGUCAUCACCCUGCUCUCCGCCUUCCUCUUCCUCUCGCUCGCGCUCUCCACGCUCCUCCUCUACCGCCGGCGCCGCCUCAUCCUGCGCCGCCGGCGCCGCCUCGCCGCGGCCGCCGCCGCCGAAGGGGCCGACGACGGCGGCUUCGGCGACGAGGAGGAGGGCGGGGGCGGGGGAGGGGUGGUGCACCACGUGUGGUACAUCCGCACGGUGGGGCUCGACGAGGCCACCAUCGCGUCCAUUGCCGCCGUGGAGUAUCGCCGCGGGGUGGGCCGCGGCGGGGACUGCGCGGUGUGCCUCGGCGAGUUCAGCGACGGGGAGCUGGUCCGCCUCCUCCCGCGCUGCGCGCACCCGUUCCACGCCCCCUGCAUCGACACCUGGCUCCGCGCCCACAUCAACUGCCCAAUCUGCCGCUCCCCCGUCGUGGUCGUCCCCUCCGAUCUCCCCGCCGCUGCCGGGGAGGCUGAGGCGGAUGGUGUCCAAUUGGAGGAGCACCAAGCGCGUGACGAAAUGUCGCUAUCGCAAUCUGAAUCGGAGACUGAGGGCUCGGAGGACUCUGAGGCCUCUUCAGACACUCAAAGUGAGGACACAACAGCUGCAGGGGAGGAGAAUGGAAGGGCGACGCCCAAGCCAAUUCGGCGCUCCGCGUCCAUGGACUCACCAUUGUUCCUUGUAGCUGUUCCUGAAGCUCAGGAUGAUGUCGUGCGGUCUAAUUGCAAGUUCCAAAUGGGCCGAGAGACGAAGAUCUUCAAGGUGAAAGAGAAGGAGGCAGCAGGCACUUCUUCAUCCUCGUGUCAGUCAGGCCGGUUUAAGAUUGGCAGGUCCAUGUCAAGCAGUGGCCAGGGGUUCUUCUUUGCACGGAAUGGCCGCACCAGUGGCACUGUGAUGCCACUGUGAGUCGGCAUGUUUUUUAGUGUCCAGGGGAUGCAGCCUCAGCAAAGCCGGGAGCUGGUAGUGUGUCGGUGUCUGUUGAUAGAAAGCAUAUGCAAGAGAGCUGAAGUCGCUCUCGGAGAAAAUCUCCUUUGAGGUGUGAGUUGAUGAGUUGUUGGUGAUAAGGAUUUCUUGAGUGAUGCGGCAGUGUUAGCUUUGAAGUCCCAAGUUUCCUGUAUCAUAGCUUAAGCUUGGGUUGGGUGAAUUUGGGGAAGCUGAUGUUUUGCUCCUCCGUAUAUUUAUUGUGUAGCAAUCAUACAAGAAGGAAUGUACUAUCACCUAUAUCAGCUUCUAUUUGUCUGAAAGGAAUGGAGCAAACAUACUAAAUUAUGAAUCUGUAGCUUGGGAGACCAGUACUUCCUGGUGGUGGCUUAUGAUAUUGUUAGAUGCAUUCUUUGUGUCA